CGGGCCGGGCCGGCGGCCGGCCGGUGUUUGUGUCGCUGUCCGGGCGGGCGGGUCCCUAGCCAGGCGUCCGGGGCUUCUUCCAGGUGCCCCCCUCGCGCGCUGCGCCCCGUGCGCUCUCCCCGGCCGCGCCGCCGCGUUCCGUGAGCCCAUGGCCGGCCCCGCGCUCCUGCGGCCCGGGCCGCCGCCGCCGCCGCCGCUGCUGCUGCUGGCCGCGCUGCUGCCCCUGGGCCUGGGCCUGGGCCUGGGCAGCCCCGGGUGCGGGGCGCGGGUGGACGUGCGGCUGCGGCGGCCGCAGGCCAGCUACACCCUGCAGGGUGCCCUGCUGGGCGGGCCCCCGCGGAUCGCGCCGCCGGGAGCCGGAGCCGGAGCCGGAGCCGGACUGCAGGGCCGCCUGGUGCUGGUGGGGGAUGGGGAGCUCCAGCUCCAGGCUGGAGAUGACUGGAUUGGAGUGGUCCCUGUGGGUGAGGAGCAGGCGGAGGCCCAGGGAGCCAGCCCUGAGGAGUCCUUCACCUCCGCUGUGGUCAACAAGAUGAAGCGCGCUCUGGUCCUGGGUGCCUCUGCCUUGCUCAUCCUGGCCCUGAACCAGAAUGCUGUCCGAGAGCUGGAUGUGUCCCAAGUCCUUUCCAAGCCGGUCAUUGUGGUCCAGAUGUCCGACAAUGUCACUAAACUCCUGAGCGCUUUGCUGGGGGGCCUGCAGGCCACGGCCAAGAUCACCUCUCAGGCCAUGCUGCUGGAGAACGUGGGCCUGACACUGACCCUCUGGUCCACCUGUGGCCUGUCUCGGGGUGGCCUCUACGGGGAGUGGCAAGGAGUGAUCUGCCCCGGAGAAAGUGGCUCCAGGGUCCAGAAGUACCUGCAGAAGCUGUGGAAUACCAUCCUGCUGGUGGCCUUGCUCCUGUGCAUGGGGCUCAUCAUUCAAGCCCGGAGGCAGGCCCAGCAGGGCCCACCUGAGCCUGACCCCCAGCUGGACCUCAAGCACAUCCUGCAGGCACUAUCAGCCCUAAAAACCCGGCGCUACCACCCGGGCCGCCAGCACCGGGCCAAUGUGCCCGACAUCCAGACCUGCGCCAUCUGCCUGGACCAGUUCCACAGAAACCAGUGCCUGAGGGUCCUGCCCUGUCUCCAUGAAUUCCACCGGGAGUGCAUAGACCCCUGGCUUCUCCUUCAACAGACCUGCCCCCUCUGCAAACACAACAUCUUGGGGAGCUCUUGGGCAGAGAGCUAGCUCCAGUCUGGCCCUGGGGGCCUGAGGGGGCUGAGAACUCCAUCUUAGAAGCACCCUGGCUCCCCGGGCCCCUGUGGUGGUCUCAAGGAACACCGUGCCUUGUGCCUUGCCUCCCGCCUCCCUCCAGGAGCAGAAUGCCUGUCCUGCCUCUCCCCUCUCCAUGGAAGGGAGGCCUCUGGGCUGAGCCCAAGGUGCAGCAGGUGGCUGUGUGGGGGCACCCUGGGCCUCGCUCCCAGCCUCUGCAGGAGCCUGAGCUCACGUGAGGGGGUCAGGUCCCACCUAGGGGGGCCAGGCCCUCCAUCAAGGCUAGGCCAGCCUGAUGUGGGAUGCCACCCAGGCAGAGACUAGACCAUCAGUGACUGUGACCGCCAGGGAGCCGUGUCUGCGCUCCUCCUUGGGGCUUAAUUUCAUACUAAUUUAUUAGGCUUAAUAAUGCCUGGAAGGGGUUGAGGGGAGGGCCCAGCCUGCUGGGCACAUCUGUGUACAGUGUGUGACAUUAAAUCAGAGACACUUGCA